AACGCCCAAACAAUCAAUAUUGUAAAUGCACCAAUGUAUUUUUGUUGUUUUCUACGUCGAAUGCGUUUGAAAGAACGUAUUCUAGUAUUAUUGAUCGGUGUAACAUGUUGUCUUGUUUGUACAUUUUUGGUAUUGACAACAAAUUCACAGAUCAAUAAUGAUCUGACCAACAAUAAUAAUGAUGAUCAACUUAUUAGUCCAGCAGCAGCUGUAUCGAAUUAUGAUGUUGGUGGUGGUGAUCCCGAUCUAUCAAGAUCAUCACAACAAUUAGGACAUAAUAAUUUUAAUGUAGCUUUUGUAAAUAAUAACGAAAUAGCAUCUGUAAAUGGUCCAUCAUCAUUAUCGUCGUCGUCUGCAAGAUUAAUCAAUGUCGAAUCAUCGAUAAAGACGAUUACAGCAACUUCAAAAUCUCCAUAUUUAUCAUCAUCAUCAUUGCAAACAGAUGAUAAAAUGACGAUAGGAAAAAGUAAAAAUCGAAAACGAUUUCUUCAUCAAAAACAACAACGACAAAAAACCGAAUCACCACAAAAACAACAAUCGUCUAGUAAUAGUUUAUAUCCGCUUAAUGAAAAAAUUAUUGUUAGUAAAAAGUAUUGGAAAAAUAAAUGGCGACAACAAUUGGCAGUUGUCGAACAGAAUAUUGAGAAUCUAAAUGAUAGUGAAGAUGUUCCGAUAAAUUCAAAUGAUGGUGGAAGUAGAAAAUUCAUGACUACAAGUCAAUUAGCUGCAGCCGCUGUUAAUAAUGAUGGUGGUACUAUCAUACAACCAACAACAAAUACAUUCUAUGAUGAUGGUGAAGAUGUCAUCGAUGGUGACAAUAAUCGUAUGACAGGAGGUGGUGGUAUUGCCACUGGUGAUGGUAUCACUGUUACUAAAUUAAUCAAUUCAAAAGCCAAUCGUUAUAAUGUUGAUAAUUCACCCAAUAAUAUUGAUGGAGUUGGUGGCGGUGGGGAUCUAAGUCAUGAUGUAUUGAGUAAAAGUGAUGUAACAGCAGCAGCAGGAACUAUCAUCAAACAUGAUGAUAAUCGACAACAACAACAACAUCAAACAAAAUCAAUGAUAAGUAGUAAUAAUAAAUCACGAAUUGUUGAUAUGACAGCUAGUCAUAAUCAACAACAAAAUGAUCGAUCAGAUAAUCGAUUAAUAUCAAAAACAACUGAUGAUCAUCAUCAUCAAAAAAAUGAGCUUUUUGAAUCGGUGAAACAAUUUACCCAUUUAAAACAUCAACAACAACAACAACAAGAUAGACAACAAACGUCUAAUAAUAGUUUAUUAGAAAAUAGAAUAUCAUCAAUUCAACAACAACAAUCACAAAUAAAAGAUAGAUUUAUUGAUCUUCAACAGAUGCUUCGUUAUGUAAUGGAAGAACAAUGGAAUCUUACUGAACAAAAACGACGACAUGAACAAUUUAAUUUACCCGAUAUAAUGAUCAAUAACAACAACAAAAAUAAUAAUAAUGAUGAUUAUAAUAUGAUGGCAAACGAUGACAAUGACCGUGAUGAUGAUAAUAGAAAAAUUAAUCGAUUGAUUCCAACAACAACAACAAAUGCUAUUACCUUGAACAAUUUGGAUUCAUCACAACGAUCAUCAUCAUCAUCGAAUCAUACAUCUUGGGAAGAAUUUUAUAUGGAUAUUACUGAACGUGAAUUAUAUCCAAUUGAUAGUCAACCAUUACAACGAUUAUUACACGAUAUGGAAACAUUGGACAUUGUUCAUGUUGCACAAAAAGAAGGUGGUACACAAUUGAAAUUAAUCAUCAACUAUGACAAUGGAGGAAAAGCUUUGUUUAAACCAAUGAGAUUUUCACGUGAUAAAGAAACUGAUCCAAAUCAUUUUUAUUUUACCGAUUAUGAACGACAUAAUGCCGAGAUUGCAGCAUAUCAUCUGGAUAGGAUAUUAGGAUUUCGUCGUACACCACCGGUUAUUGGUCGUGUAUUGAAUAUAACAUCGGAAAUAUAUGCAAUCGCUGAUGAUGAUCUCAUCAAAACAUUUUUCAUUUCACCAGCCAAUAAUUUGUGUUUUCAUGGCAAAUGUGGCUAUUACUGUGAUACUGCACAUGCAAUCUGUGGCAAUCCUGAUACUGUUGAAGGAAGUUUUGCUGCAUUUUUACCAUCCAAAAGUAUUGCUCCAAGAAAGGUUUAUAGACACCCAUAUAGACGUUCAUAUCAUAAACGUCGUAGAGCAACAUGGGAAAAUGAUCCCGAUUACUGUGAUAAAUAUGUACGACACGCACCACCAUAUAAUCAUGGUCGUCGUCUUGCCGAUCUAAUGGAUAUGGCUGUUUUAGAUUUUCUAAUUGGUAAUAUGGAUAGACAUCAUUAUGAAACAUUCAAGUCAUUGGGCAAUCAUUCAUUCAUAAUUCAUCUAGAUCAUGGUAGAGGAUUUGGUAAAGCACAUCAUGAUGAAAUAUCAAUAUUGGCGCCCAUUAUACAAUGUUGUAUGAUACGUAAUAGCACAUUACAACGAUUGAUCGAUUUACACAAUGGCCAAAUACCAUUAAGUGAGCUAAUGAAUAAAUCAAUGAAUGUCGAUCCCGUAUCACCAAUAUUAACUAAUGAUCACUUGUUGGCAUUGGAUCGUCGAUUACCAAUUAUAUUGAAUGUUGUACGUGAAUGUACACGUAAACGUCCGUUUCAAGAUGUAAUCGUUACGGAUGGCUAUUGAUACUAUUAUUUAUUUAUUUAAUUUUGUGAGGAGAAAAAAAAGGAUAAAAUGAAGAUUCAUUCAAAUAUAAAUCAUGAUUUU